AUGGAAGUAGAGGAAGGUGAGCGGUUAUCGUUCCUGGACGUUGAAGUGAUUCGCUAUAAUGGGACGCUCAAAAAGAAAUUGUCUCAUCACAAUUACAGACUGAAGAUUGGAAUAAUGAGGAGCAUUAUCAUCCGAAGCCUACGAUUAACGGACGUAGAAUUCUGGGACGAGGAGCUGGACAAAUUGAGGGAGGAUAUUCCUCGGCAAUGGCUACUCAAUCGAAGUGAUAAAAAGAAACAUACGGGCCGUGAAAAGCCGAUGGCAGAACGGGGACUAUGA